AUGGAAAAUAAGAGCCAGAAAAUUGAGAAACCACGUGAUACGGUGAUAUUGAUUUUAAAAGAGAAUCGAUUUGAAGUUGAGAAGCAAAAAUUAAUCAGCAAGAGUCAGUACUUUGCUGCUCUUUUAUCCGAAAAGUAUUUAGAAUAUGGUCUGACAGAAUGUAUAAUUAAAUAUGAAAAUAUUCCCCUAAUUUCAUUUCAAGAUUUUGUUGAUUGGAUUCACAAUGACAAAAUUGAUAUCUUUACAACAAAUUGUUGGGAUAUUAAAAAAUGUGAUCGGCUCUCUAGCCUGGUAGAAUUAAGUAUUUUAUUUGCAGUAGAUAGCUUAAUAGAAUACUUAAUCUAUAAAAUAGAGGAAAAAUUAUAUUUUAUGCCACCAGAAUAUGUAAUUAACUUGUGGUUGUUAUCACAAGAAUUGAGUUUAAAUAUUCUCCGAGAUGUUUCGUUAGCAUUUUGCUUAGAUCGUUUCGAUGAUCUACCACUUAAUUCAAUUUAUGAGCUGUCAAAGGAGAAUUUUCUUAAAUUAAUUGGGAAUAUCAAUAUAACAUCUACGAAAUCUUAUUUGCUUGAAGUCGCAAAUAAAUGGAUGGACCACCAUAAUGAUUUUACAAUUCCUUUAAAUAUCUUAAAGAAUAAGGAAACAAAAAUACUACACAGUAUUAUAUCUUGUGAAAGUACAGAUUCUGAUGACACUGAAAAAUUUAUUCAUUGUUGGGAUGGUAAUGAUUUUUUCGAACUUACCUCAUUUAAAUAUCCCAAAGAUAUUGCUAAUUAUAUUACUGGUAAACAUAUAUUACGAUGCAGAAUGCAGUUUAUUGGAAAAAGGUACAAUUUUUAUCUUUGUGGUGGAGAAUGGUAUAACUCUAAUUUUGACACAAAUAUAUUUAACAAAAAUGUGUGGCGUUACUCCUUGAUAUCUAAAAAAUGGUUCCUUGAGACUAUUAUGCCAAUUGAAAGAAAAUUUAUAACUGCUGCGUUUGUGAAAAACAAAUUAAUUCUUGUGGGCAUUGGAUUUGAAAUCAGUGUUGAUAUCUACGAUAUUUAUACAGGCUUGUGGACAUCAGGUGCAGGAAUAGCUUCCGAAUAUUCUAUCAUAUUUUCUAAUUAUUCCGUUUUGGAUGAAAAAUUAAUCAUAUGUGGAAGAAACUGGGCGACUUAUUACCCUGAUUAUGAUACUGAAACACUACAAUGGAAGCUUAAAGAUGAUUUUGAAUUCUAUG